AGGCUGUUGAGAAACUUGUGCGGAAACCUCGUCGAAAAGUUCGUCAGCGAUCAGUCAGUCGAGUGGAUUAAAAGAGAUGUUCCGGCGAUGGAUGAGGUGGAGAAAAUGGACGAAACUUCCGGCUCUCUCGUGAAGCACGUCAUUUUCCCCCCAAUGCAGCGCGCGUCUCUCGGCCGUGACGGUCUGGUAUGUAAUUGAAAAAUUACAAAGCAUUCAUUUUCUACAGCCAUCCACAAUUAAUUCUGCGUUUUAGAGUAUUCCAUAUAUUCCAUAUUUAGAAUAUUCCGUGUAUUCCGCCAUUCCGCCGUCAUUCCGUCCGUCCUUCAUUACACUGCAUGAAUAGCGUCACACCCGAUAUUUGUGGUUUAAAGCGAAACUGAAACAAAAGAAAUUCAUUUUUGAAUAGUACUCGAUAACCUCUACUUGGGAGAUAAAAAUCGGCCAAUUUUAUUUUUUAGCCGGAAAUCAUCGGUCGUUUGUUAGGCGCAGGGUCUGUUAAGGCAGUCAGCUCUGUUCCUCUAGUUGUUGUUUUUGUGUUAGCAGUUGUUGUUUGUGGUUUAACCUUGAUGUUUAGGGGACCUUUUCAGGCGAUUCUGUAUUUUUUUUCAACUGGUUUUGGUACUGAUUCAUUCAUAGUUCCUAUUUUGUAUUUUUUCUCGAUUCUCAAGCUCCCCGUCGUGAAGGAAACAAGGUCGAAGUCCUCGACGAUAAAUUUCGCAGCUUAAAACUUUUCUUUGUCCCCAAAAAGAAAACAAGCUUUUACAUGUCACACGUCUAAUCAAAACUGCCAUACAUGUGUUUGCGUACUGUUCGGAAUGAAUUACAAAAUCUACACUCACAAAAAAAAAGGGAUUCCGUUCCGACUUCGUCGGCGCCUUGUAAAACGCCUCUGCAAAUUAAAGCUUGCUAUAUCAUUUUGUUUGUAGUCGCCACGCUGGUUUUGCUGAAUGAGAACAGAAGUUAAAGAUAACUGGUUUGCCGUGGUAGAUAGGUUUACAGCUAGUAGCAUGAGGAUGAUAUUUGUCGGUCAAACAGGCUGGAGAUGCAUUUUGCUGAUUUCGGGGAGAGGCUUUACGAUUUCGUGAAGAAAUGUAAACAUCCUUGUCUUAUUUCGUCGCUGGUCCAUAUUUUCAAGCCAUGCCGCUUAUAACUUUCUGGCUCUAUAUGUCUUCCCAGGGUUGCAUUUUAUAGCAGCAUAGUUACUUUAUCGUUUAUACCACAAAACGAUUUCUUUCUGUCGCAGACAUACAUGUAUAGGCGUUCCAAGUUUUUAACCUUGAAUUCUCUGAUUCCAUAUUUGAGCAAACUAACUUUCCGUGCUUCUGAUUGGAGGCUACGUUGGCUAAAAAACCCCAGCCUGGCUCCAAACAGAUAAGGGGAAGUUAGACGCUUCGAGGUUAUAUGCUUCUGGCACAACACACACUCACACACAGGGUUUCGUCUUGUCGAACCAUAACAAGAAAAACUAAAAAAACUUUACGUCCCUAGAAAUAUUACAAAAUUAAUAAACAUUUUGUUAUAUUUCAGAGUCCUUUUCCAGAAAGGAAUCUUCUAUCUGGCAUGAGUUCAUAUUUGGGUAUAAAAUUCUCGUACAAGAUACUCAAAUCAUCUGAAGAAGUAGAAGAUGUCGAGGACAUUGUCUACGAUCCCCAUAGUAACGUAAAUGAUAAGCAAAGUUCAGGGACGGCGAGUGGUAAAGCUUCAACAUGGAAAGCUAUUGCGAACAUGACCAGUUUUAUACAGGGCGCAGGUGCAAUGGCUUUGCCUUACGGGGUGAUGAAAGGAGGUAUUGCAACUCUCAUUGCUUUUCCUUUAUUUGCUCUAAUUCACUGGUACACUGGCAGUGUCAUGAUAAACUGUAUUUAUGGCGACGAACAAGAGAAGCAAUUAUCAGAAUAUAGCACGCCCCAACCGGGUAAAAGGAAGGGGGCCAUGGGUAAGAGGAUAUUACGAGUUCGCAGCAGUUUCAGUGACUUGGGAGAAGUGUUAUGGCCAAGCCAUGGACGCACUCUUAUCGAACUGCUCCAAGCUGUUGAUUUGUCGAUUUUUGCAGUCAGUCAUCUCAUUGGAAGUGGAUCCCUUAUGACGUACGCAUUUCCCACAUUAGGGCUCAGUGAAACUUGGUGGACCUUUAUAAUUGCUGUGCUUGUUCUACCAUCUACCUUUGUAAAAGACAUUUCGUGUGUGGCUUGGCAAAGCUUACUGGGUGUAGCUUCUUUGGCAUUUAUGGCAGGUGCACUCGCUUGGUUCACCGUUGCCAAUUCUUCGUGGUUCAACUUCAAACAUGUACUCUUUUGGGAUACCGAGGGUUUUCUAGUUGGGAUGGGAAUAGUCCUUUACAGCUAUUGCGUCUAUUCAAUUGUGAUCCCAGUGGAAGAAACCAUGUCUGAUCGUUCAAAAUUUCGUUCAGCUCUCGGGAUUUCACUUCUCUCAACUACUAUUUUUAAAGUUUUGUUUGGCCUUUUUGGAUUUUUGUGUUUCCUUGAUAAAACUGAUGAAGUGAUUGGUAACAAUUUUCCAAGUGGCCUUCUCAGGCAAUUGAUCAGCGUUGUAUACGUCAUGUACGUUGUGUUCAGCUAUAUCCUGAUUAUCUACCCUGUAUUGCAGUUUAUUGAUGGAUGUCAAUUGAAAAGUGAAGAGGUUUCCUUUAUUCCCUCAUUCAUGUGGAUCCCUACAACAAGAUUUUUCGUGGUAUUAACCACUUCUGUGAUAGCAGUAACAAUUCCACAUUUUGCGUUACUGACAGCUUUUAUAGGAAGUUUACUUUUGCCUUGUCUUGAGUAUGUAAUACCAUGUUUAGUUCAUUUAAAGUUAAAAUGGGUGAAACUAACACGUCUGGAAAUAUUUGCAGACAUUUCAGUUAUCGUAUUAGGAAUUUUAUGGACCGUUCUCUGCGGUUAUUCUUCGAGCAAAGCGUUGGUAAUUACAAUGGUCAAACAGUAG